AUCUCCCGCCAACUCUUUGUUUUUUCCCCCUGGAAUCUCCGCUCUUUUUGAAACCUUUUAUACGAACUAUUUGAGGGAUAGGGUGACAUAUUAUCAUUGUAUUGCAUUCUUUCCUGUCCUAUCACGACCCCGCCUUAUACACCAUGGGCAAACCGCGGAUGAUCAUUUUGAUCCGCCAUGCCCAGUCGGAAGGAAACAAGAACCGCGAAAUCCACCAAACGAUCCCCGAUCAUCGGGUAAAGCUCACGCCCGAGGGUUACCGUCAGGCACAAGAAGCAGGAACUAGACUACGUUCACUCCUACGACCAGACGAUAAAAUCCAUUUCUUCACUUCUCCAUACCGCCGCACCCGUGAGACCACCGAAGGGAUCCUUCAGUCUCUUACGGCUGAUACGCCAUCUCCAUCACCUUUCCCGAGACAUACGAUCACGGUAUAUGAGGAGCCUCGCCUGCGCGAACAAGAUUUUGGCAACUUCCAACCAUGCUCGGCGGAAAUGGAACGCAUGUGGCUGGAAAGAGCGGAUUAUGGACAUUUCUUCUAUCGAAUUCCGAAUGGUGAAUCUGCUGCGGAUGCUUACGAUCGAGUAAGUGGGUUCAAUGAGUCGAUGUGGCGGCUCUUCGGGGAGAAGGACUUUGCGAGUGUUUGUGUUCUUGUUACACAUGGGCUCAUGACUAGGGUUUUCCUUAUGAAAUGGUACCACUGGAGCGUCGAGUACUUUGAGGAUCUCCGCAACAUCAACCACUGCGAGUUCGUAAUCAUGAAGCUCAACGAAGACAGCGGCAAGUAUGCUUUACAAAACCAGCUUCGCACAUGGUCGGAAUUGAAGAGGGAGAAAGAGCUGGAGCAUCAACGAGAGCGCGCCGCAAAGGGUCUUGGGCCAGCAAAGCCAACACAAUCAGAAACAUCGGUUCCAAUACGGCGCAAAUGGGGCGGCUGCCCCGAUGGAUGCAGUCACGGCAUACACAGAAAAAGUUCCCAGCGAUCAUCUCGAGCACACGGCGAUCAAUGCAAAGAGCAAGAGCACCAGCACCAUCACAACCACGACUCAGCACAGGACACCAGCCAGGAAACCACCAGCACCGUGAACGAAGGACGAACAAUAACAGCUCCGGAACCUGCCAUUGGCGACCGCUUAGGCGACGAAAUGCCAUUAAAACCCCUUCCUUCAAACCCGCAGUACCACUCCACCGUCGAGCAACCAAGACGACACCCAUUCCCAAAGCACCACCACAACCAUAGCCAUCAUAACCGCCUCUCCCUCUCCCCCAAACUACUCCCUAAACGCCCGAACUUCACCCACCGCGACAGCAGCGAAGACCACCUCCUCCACGCACCACACCUAAACUACAACCUCAUCCACCUCGUCGGCCGUGACGGCGGCGGAACCCUCAGCGGCGCCAACAGCGUCGCGGCCUCAGAAGACGAACACGACAAUCACCACCACCACAGACACCACAGCCAUGACCCCGAAAACAAACAGCAGCAGCAGCAGCAACAACAACAACAACAACAUGAACUCCCCCGCGCAGGCCUCAAGCGGCAUAACCCCCGUGCAUCCCACGACCUCGACAAUGAUGGCGACGACGAAGGGAGCGGGCGACAAACGCCUAAACUCCGACGAACAAGGUCCUCGCAUCAUCGGCAUACCCAAAAUCAAACGCAGCCGCAAACCCAGACCCAAACCAACCCCCAGAAUGCAUCAACGCCUAAGAAGUCCCCCCAAACUAUCCCAGACACCGACGAGACCGACAGCUCACCGGAGAAACACAAACAGCCCAUCGAACAAACCUCAACCCAAACCCAGGGCCAGGGGGAGGCUCAGAGCCAGACCGAGAACGACCGCAAAACAGGAGGCAGGAAUGAAACCGAAACCGAAACCGAAAAGACCCUCGAGGAGGCGCAAAAAGAAGACCAAAGUAUUCGGGGGAGCGUUUAUUGA